AGCCUGAUCAUUGACAACUUGCGCACGGGCACAUCCGUUGGAGCUAGAUACAAAGAUGUCGGAUGAUGACCCCGUGUGCCCGAAACCAGCAAUAGAGGAGGCCUGCAAGCCAGAGUGCAUCAAGCAGUUGUUAAAAUAUCAGCAAUGUGUGAAGAGGAUAGAGGGCAAGCCUGAAGCCCAUUGCACAGGACAAUACUUCGACUACUGGCAUUGCGUCGACCAUUGCACUGCGCCUCGAUUAUUUUCAGUGCUGAAGUGAAGGUACUCGGAACACGUGAGACUUCUCGGUGAUGAUGAGUAGCGGGAGUACAGUCUCAAGGAGCAGAUCUCUUUUCUCUGGUGUGCAGCACUAGCUGGCAGUGAGAGACAAAUUGAGUGCAUACAUUGGUGGUGGCUAUGUGAACAUGGACAUCCAAGCGGUGUUGUCUGGGGAAGGGAUCAGUCAGUCCUGCUGAUCCCUGCCCUGAGUCCGUGGGUAGGCUAGCAGAUUAGUCCAUAUAUUAGGAUGCUCCCCAGUACUGCGGAUGCUUGUGGCAUUUUGCUGUCCAUCACGUGGAGCAGACCAUUGCAACGUGCAGAUCACAAGUGCCAAAAAUGCCGCAUUAGAGGAGUCCGACAUACAUAAUAAAGCACAUGCGUGAAAUUUGUGUAUCGCGAUUGAAGAGAACGUAAUGGUGUGACAGUCACCAAAUUGCAGCUGUUGUACACUCUCUCAAUAU